AUGCCUCCAAAGAAAGCUGCCGCCUCUGGCACCAAGACCGCCACCCAUGCUUCAUACAAAGAUAUGAUCAAGGAUGCCAUCAUCAGUCUCAAGGACCGCACCGGAAGCAGCCGUCAAGCACUUAAGAAAUAUGUGCGUAAUAACAACAACAUCAGCUAUGCCUCACAGGGUGCUUUUGAUGUCCAGUUCAACCGCGCCCUUAAGGCUGGUGUGGAGAAGGGCGAGUUCCUGCAGCCAAAGGGCCCUUCCGGUCCCGUGAAGCUUGCGAAGAAAGAAACCGUCAAACCAGCUGCCAAACCCGCCAAGAAACCUGCCGCUGCUAAAGCCGCCACCAAGAAGACCACCACCACCAAAAAGGCUGCUGAGAAGGCAGAGAAGGUAGAGAAAGCAGAGAAGCCCGAGAAGGCCACCAAGAAAGCUGCUCCCAAGAAGACCGCCGCGGCGAAGACCAAGGCCAAUGUUGCCAAGCAGCGCAAAGCCCCAACUGCUGCUCCGGCAGUGGUUGAUGCUCCCAAGGUCAUUGGCAGGACGAAGUCUGGACGUGUGACCAAGUCCACCGGCAAAUCGGCGCCUGCGACAACGAAGAAGGCCACACCCAAAAAGAAGAAGGUUACAGAGAAGAAGACGCCAUCGAAGAAAUCUGAAGCAUGA